UGUUUUAGGGAAAGGAACAAAGAAAAAAAGAAAUUGGGAAAGACAAAAAGGACGAUCCCAGAAGAAAAAAUGGGAAAAGUAGAAAAGAAACAGAACAAAGUAAAAGUAAUGAAAACAGGAAAGUUUUGGAAAAACCAAAUGGAAAAGAGAAAGACGGAGAAAAGAGAAUGAAGGAAAGUAUAGCAGAAACAAAAGAAGGUACAGGAAUAGAAUGGAAAAAAACAAAUGAAUUUAAAGAAAUGAAAAAUGAGAAAAAGAAAAAUGAAGAUAAAAAAGAAGAAGAAAUGGUUCCAUAUAAGAAACCUUACCGUUUUUGUGUUUUUUGUAAGAAGAUGUGCUCCAAACUUACUGAUCACAUUAAAAAUUGCCAUAAAGAACUAGAGGUAGUAAAAAAAAACACUAAUGCUGAAAAAAAGAGAGCGUGUGAAUGCUUUUCAGCAGAUGAAAAGAUUGGGGAUCAAAGAAUUUAAUGAAAAAGAAGCUGUUAAAAAAAAUCCGAUAUAUCAGGGUGAGAAAAAAAGAAGAAAGCAUCAAAAAUUGGUUAGAUGUAGUAUUUGUUCUGCUUUUAUAUCAAAACGAUUUUUCUCGACCCACAAACACCGUUGCUCUAAGAAGUUCGACUCUACUGCUGUGCCGAUACCGUUGCUUGAAGACUGCCUAUUAACAUCAACAAGGUUAAGCGAUGAAUUUAUAAUUGACGUUUUGGGCAAGGUCAGGGAUGACGAAUUGGGAGGGAUUGUACGA